AUGUUUGUGACACUCGAGACCGUUCCAUUUCUGCUUCUCGGACUGGCCAUCGCCUAUUAUGUGGUGCCGUACCUGCAAAAGUCGCACCUGCGGGACAUUCCCUCUGCCGGGUAUUCCGCCUUCACCCACUUUUGGCUUAUGUUGCAAUGCCGCCAAGGCCAUAAGUUCCUUACAAUCGAUGAAGCUCACAAGAAGUACGGAAAGCUGGUGCGUAUCUCGCCUACCCAGGUCUCUGUCGCCGACGAUGCGGCUAUUCAGAGCAUUUACGGACAUGGUAACGGUUUCUUGAAAGCCGACUUCUACGAUGCCUUUGUCUCUAUCCGCCGUGGAUUAUUCAACACCCGUGACCGUGCCGAGCACACGCGCAAGCGCAAGACUGUUUCUCACACCUUUAGCGCCAAGUCCAUUGGCCAAUUCGAGCAGUACAUCCACGGUAACAUCGAGGAGUUCGUGAAGCAGUGGAACAGAUUAUCCGAUCUACAGGGUAACCCCAAGACCGGCUAUGUCAGCCUCGAUGCCCUCAACUGGUUCAACUACCUGGCCUUCGACAUUAUUGGUGAUCUGGCUUUCGGUGCUCCCUUCGGUAUGCUCGAGAAGGGCCAGGAUAUCGCCGAGAUGCGCCUGGACCCCAAGGACCCUCCCAAGUAUGUCGCAGCUGUCGAGGUUCUGAACCGUCGUGGCGAGGUCUCCGCCACUCUGGGCUGCAUGCCAUCUCUUAUCCCCUUCGCCAAGUACAUCCCCGACCGUUUCUUCAGCGAAGGCCUUCAAGCCGUCGAGAACCUUGCCGGUAUCGCCAUUGCCCGUGUUAACGAGCGUCUCAAGCCCGAGGUCAUGGCCAACAACACCCGUGUGGAUCUGCUUGCCCGCCUGAUGGAAGGCAAGGACGGAAAUGGCAACCAGCUUGAACGCGCCGAACUGACCGCCGAGGCCCUCACUCAAUUGAUCGCCGGCUCCGAUACCACCUCCAACACCGCCUGUGCCAUUCUAUACUGGUGCAUGAUCACUUCCCACGUUCUCCCCACGCUUCGCAAGGCCCUCGACGCCGGCAUUCCCAAGGACAUCGAUGUCCCCAGCCAUGCCAUGCCUCCAAUGGGUCAUCUGGGAAACCAUGCGCAUCCACAGCACCUCAUCAAUGGGUCUUCCCCGCGAGAUCCCCGCCGGUACACCCCCGUCGUCAUCAGCGGCCACACCUUCAAGGCCGGUGACGUGCUCUCCGUCCCCAGCUACACCAUCCACCACUCCAAGGAAAUCUGGGGUGCCGACGCCGACGAAUUCGUGCCAGAGCGCUGGAGCCCCGAGCGCCUCAGCGCGCGCCAAAAGGCCGCCUUCAUCCCCUUCAGCCACGGACCUCGCGCAUGCGUCGGCCGCAACGUCGCAGAGAUGGAACUGCUCGUCAUUGUCGCCACCGUGUUCCGACUCUUCGAGUUCGAGAUGCAACAGGACGGACCCAUGGAGACCCGCGAGGGAUUCCUCCGCAAGCCUCUGGGUCUGCAGGUUGGUAUGCGCCGUCGUCGUGUUUGA